AUGUCACAAAACCAUCGUAUAGUGACAGUGUCGUCCAUGCGGCAUUUAGCUUCCAUUGACCAAGAUAUUGAACUUAAUAACACUCCUACGAAUAUCGGCGAAACUCAAUGUAUUGACUCGAAUAAAAUUUCCUCACGUGAAAAAUGUAAUUCUGUUACAAAUUGGUACCACAAGACUGCAAAAAUCUUUGCCUGUCUCAAUAUAGAAGAACGUGGUAUUGAACGAGUACCGUCAGAAGAUCGAACUGAUUUGACAAUUAUCAACACAGCAAUGAUAUGGGUCAGUGCAAAUAUAAUUAUACCAUGUUUUGCUGCAGGUACACUCGGUCCAGCAGUAUUCAAGUUAGAUCUCAAUAAUUCUUUUGUAACCAUCAUCAUUUUUAAUCUAUUGGGAACAUUGCCAAUAGCAGGCAUGGCUUGUUUUGGUCCAGCAUCCGGUCUACGUACAAUGAUCUUUUCUCGUUAUAGUUGGGGUUAUUAUGGUGCUUCGAUAAUGUCGAUAGUUAAUGUUAUGUCAGCCAUCGGUUGGGCAGCUGUUAAUAGUAUCCCCGGUGCACAAACAUUACGUGUUGUAUUCAAUGAUUCAUUCCCUAUAACUGUUGGAAUAAUUA